CUGGGCUCGAGUCUGGAUGAGAGAAUGAAUGAUCGCUCCCCGAAACUCAUUGACUUAGAUUCAGAGCGAAACAACUUUUGAAAACGCAUCAGUUGCAUCAAUUCACCAGCUCGGAAUAACGAUGUCAGAACUGUGGAGCUUGUCAUUUUGCAUGUCAGGAGUUCUUUUUAUAACCUUCCUUUCCCUGGAGAUCGCAAGUUCCUCAUCAGUCAGUCAUCAGAUGUCUCCUGAUCUCAUCCAUCCUCCACAGACCAGGAGCAGAGCACAGAGACACAGACAUCAGAUCAACUCCACACGAACACAGACAGAUCUGAAAGGACCCAACGUUUGUGGCACCAAGUGCUGUUAUUCAUGGCUGGUCAACCCUAAGACCAAACAAUGCACAAAGCCGAGAUGUCAUCCACGAUGCCAUAAUAAAGCAGUUUGUCGCCGGUUGAACGUCUGUCAGUGUCGUCCAGGCUUCCAUGGCCAUCGCUGUGAACACGCUAAUGUCACGCCAACCAUGAGCACCUGGUUUGAAGCUCAUCCUGGUCCCACGCUACCCUCAACUGCCACCACGGCAACAGUUACCAUGCCAACUCUCGCAUCCACCACCAUCCACGGCAACACCUCUGAAUCUGCCUCCAGAGAUACUAGUCCAGAUGCAAAACAGACAUACUCAUUACGCCGGCAGCCACCCAGUUUUAAAGAGGCCCAGUCAGUCCUGUUGAAGAAAGCUCUUUCCAGUGGAACAGGUGGAGAGAAGAUCAUAAGUGUUAUAUUGAAAUACAUUGAAUCAGAGCGAAGCAGACUGGAGUCUUCAUCCUCUACUGGAGCAACAAAGAUCUCCAGCAACAAAACCUUCCACACUCAACGUGGCCAGUUCACCCUCAUCUACGUCGCAGUCAUGGCUCAGCUCUCAUCCGACCAGCAGCAGCGCUCCACCAUCAUCCGAGGGGGUUCAGAGCGGAUCAAAGUGCUCUUCACCCCCACCAUCUGCAAGCUGCGCUGCACGCAGGGACACUGCACCAACUACUGUGAGCGCGGAAAUGUCACCACUAUCUACAACAGUGAGGACAGACAGACAGGACAGACGCUGCCUGGAUCCGGCUUCAGAGUGUUCGUGUGUCCGAUGUUGUGUAAGAAUGGAGGAGUGUGCGUACAAAAGGAUCAGUGUCUCUGCCCGCCCAACUUCACUGGGAAGUUCUGCCACAUCCCCGUCUCCUCCGCUGCCUCCACCAAUGACAUCAAGAAACAGACCAAGAGUGCUGCUGAUUCAGCCAAUCAGCCGAUGACGUCUGAGUACAUCCUGCCUCUGCAGACGCCUGAGCUGAUCAACACCAACGCGGCCCCCAUGGUGAAGGUGCGAGUCCAGCACCCUCCAGAGGCCAGUGUGAAGAUCCACCAGGUGCUGAAGGUGGGCUACGGCUCCAGCGUCCACGAGCACUCAGAAACCGUGACCUGGUCCGCGGGGCUCUCGGGGGCCCGUCCUCGCCAGCUGCCGGGAGAGAGAGCCAAGGCACCACCGCCACUAAUACAAGUCCAGACCAUACGCGGGGAUUCAGUCUACACCGAGACAUCCGGCUUCAAAUACUGCUUCAGAGAAGUGCACAAUGGACAGUGCAGUUCUCCGUUACCUGGUCUGAGGAGUCAGGAGAUGUGCUGCAGGGGUGUUGGGAAGGCCUGGGGCAUCAACGAAUGCACGCUCUGUCCCGCAGUCUUAGGAAACACUGUGAAUGGACAGGGAAGCUGUCCGAAAGGCUUCGAGAGGGUCAACGGGACGCAGUGUGUGGAUAUUAACGAGUGUUUGCAACCGGGUUUCUGUGAAAAUGGGAACUGUGUUAACACCCGAGGGAGCUACAGUUGUGUCUGCAAAGAGGGCUACUUAUUGGACGCCUCUCAUGGGAUCUGCAUCUCGCAGAAGGUGAUUUCGGAGGAGAAGGACCAGUGUUUCCGUAUUCUGAACCAGGGCUCCUGUUCUCUGCCCAUCCUGAAGAACAUCACCAAACAGAUCUGCUGCUGCAGUCGAGUGGGCAAAGCCUGGGGCAAGAAGUGUGAGUUAUGCCCAUACUCUGGCUCAGCUGCCUUCAAAGAGAUCUGUCCUGCUGGACCGGGUUACCAUUAUUCCGCUUCGGCUGUCAAGUUUAACCAGAGGCUAGCCGAGAUGCUUGACACUGGCGGGCCUCCCCUGGUCUCCGAAAAUGGCCGCACAUCCACCAAGGAAAUAGUAUCCCAACCCGAAAGCUCCAGGACUCACUCUGUAAUCUCACAGUCAACCCGAAGCCAACAAGUGCCAUAUUCGCCGACCAACACGCAGACCAUCCGAGUCCAGCAGAGUCCUACAAGACCACAGCAAGCUGACACGGGUUCACAGACCGGUUCGGUAAUCAUUAUAACUCAACCAAAACCAAACCUGUCAACAAGUGGUGGCUUUCAAACCACAAAUGCCAGACCUCAGCAGCCUGUCAGCAUCCAUCCUGGGAGCACAGCCACUGCAACCAGGCAGCCGGCCAGAGUGAACACACCUGUUGUACGGACACAAACCAGCCGGCCCUGGGUUAACAGACAGCCGGUAUCACCAGUCAGACCUCCUCCUGUACCGGCUACAACCCAACCACUUCCAACUAGACAAGAUGGCCUAGUGUGUGAAUCGAGACCUCAGCUGUGCGGUUCGGGUCACUGUCUUGACCUGCCAGGCGGUCGACACACAUGUGUUUGUAACACUGGAUAUAUCUUUAACUCUCAGCAGGGCCACUGCCAAGACAUAAACGAGUGCGUGCUAACACCCCGUCCGUGUUCUGUGGGUCAGUGUGAGAAUACAGCGGGCAGCUUCCGGUGUGUUUGUCCAUCAGGAUACCAGACCAACUCGCAGCAGACCCUGUGUGUCGAUUUGGAUGAGUGCCGUCAGGUGCCGAAUCCCUGUGUUAACGGCCGCUGUGAAAACACACUGGGCAGUUUCAGGUGUUUUUGCAGGACUGGAUACAAGCUACAGGGCAACAGCUGCAUAGACAUAGAUGAGUGUGUAGACCCCCUACGCUGUCCGGGUCAGGAGUGUGUGAACUAUCAGGGCUCUUACAGGUGUGUCUCCUGUAAGCCGGGCUUUGAUCUGCUCAAUGGACAAUGUUCAGAUAUUGAUGAAUGUCGUCGGACACCUUCACCCUGUCUGGGCGGCCGCUGUGAAAACACACCAGGCAGCUACAGAUGCUCAUGUCGAACGGGUUACAGAUUUCAGGCCAAUGCAUGUGUGGAUGUGAAUGAGUGUGAAGAUCCACUGCAGUGUGCCGGACAGGAGUGUGUGAACUCUCAGGGAUCAUAUCACUGUGUUUCAUGCAGGCCUGGAUAUAGCCUUAAAAACAGAGCAUGUUCAGAUAUCGACGAAUGCCGUCAGACGCCGACUCCUUGCUCUAACGGACUGUGUGAAAACACACUUGGCAGCUUCAGGUGUGUGUGCAGAACCGGCUACAGACUGCAGGGCGGCUCCUGCACAGAUGUGAAUGAGUGUGAGGAUCCAUCCCAAUGUCCUGAACAGGAGUGUGUGAACUCUCAGGGAUCGUAUCACUGUGUUUCAUGCAGGCCUGGAUUUAGCCUUAAAUACAGAGCAUGUUCAGAUAUCGACGAGUGUCGUCAGACUCCUGAUGUGUGUGUUAACGGCCGCUGUGAGAAUAACAUGGGCAGCUACAGCUGUGUGUGUCGUGCUGGAUUCAGACUGGAGGGAAACAUCUGCAAAGAUGUGAACGAGUGUGAAACUGAGCUUCAGUGUCCUGGAAAAGAGUGUGUGAACUCGGUCGGCUCCUUCGAGUGUGUCUCCUGUCAGCCGGGCUUUGAGCUUUUUGACGGCCAAUGCCAAGAUGCAGAUGAAUGCAGUCAAAACCCCACGAGCUGCACUAAUGGCCAAUGCAUGAACACUCCCGGCAGCUUCAGGUGUGUGUGUGAUCUCGGCUUCAAUCUACAGGACGGCACAUGCACGGACAUCGAUGAAUGUGCGAGUCCUCACAUGUGUGGGCCGCAGAGUGUGUGUGUGAACUGCGACUGCUCUCCGGGAUACAGAGCAUCCGGACCGCGGCGCCUGUGCCGAGACAUUAACGAGUGUCUGGAAGGAGAUUUCUGCUUUCCGAGCGGAGAGUGUGUGAACACGGACGGAUCGUUUAAGUGUGUUUGCGUGCAAGGCUACAAGAGCACUGUUAACGGGACGUCCUGUCACGAUGUGGAUGAGUGUGUUCAGGAGGGAGUUUGUCAGGACGGCCGCUGCACCAACACUGAGGGAUCGUUCCUGUGCCACUGCCAAACCGGCUUCACCACCAACCCAGAGAGAACAGUCUGCCUGGAUGUGAACGAGUGUCUGGACUCAGAGCAUCUGGUGUGUGGAUCCCAGCGCUGUGAGAACACCAUUGGCUCGUUCCGCUGCCUGGCUUCCUGCGAGCCCGGAUACCACAUCAUCGGCUCCGGAGAGUGUGUGGACAUUAACGAGUGCGCUAACGAGACUGUGUGUGGACAUCACGCCUUCUGCCAGAAUCUGAUCGGCACGUAUCAGUGUCUGUGUGACCGGGGCUACGAGUCCAGUGGCGACGGACAGAUGUGUGUGGACAUAAACGAGUGUGAGACGAUGCAGGGUGUGUGUGGCUCUGCGCGCUGCUGGAACGUCGAGGGCUCCUUCACGUGUGAGUGUGAGAACGGACAGGAGGAAUUUGACCCAUUCGCUGGCCAGUGUGUGAACAGAGAGAGCACAGGUCGGUCGGGGCCGUCUGGUGGAGUCUCCUCUUCCUUGGCUGGCCUCGGUUCGUCUGGAUCGUCCGGCUCUCUGCCGCAGACUCGGCCUGGAGAAACCAGAGAGUGUUACUUCGGCGUAUCGGAGUCUUACUCCUGCAAGAUAUUGGCCACGAACACCACGCUGCAGGAGUGCUGCUGUACAGCGGGACAGGGCUGGGGCCUCAUGUGCCAAUAUGAGGUCUGUCCCGAGACGGGAACAGCGGAAUUCCAGUCGUUGUGUCCGAGCGGAAGAGGAUACAUCACGACUGAGACGGGAGCGUUCCGCUACAAGGAUGUGGAUGAGUGUAAGCUGUUUGAUCCGGAGGUGUGUAAAGGUGGCGUGUGUGUCAACAACAUUCCUGGCUACGCCUGUUACUGUCCCAGCGGAUUCUACUACGACACGGAUCUGCUGGAGUGCAUCGAUAAUAAUGAAUGUGAGAGUGAGGAGAUCUGCACUGGCGGUCAGUGUGUGAAUACACUGGGAACGUUCUACUGUACGUGUGAGCCUCCUCUAGUGCUGGACGACACACAGCGCAACUGUGUCAAUGCCAGCCACCUCGCUGAGGAUGAGAACUUAAACUUCUGUUGGCGUCACGUGACAGCGAGUCUAGUGUGUCAGAGUCCUUUGUUAGGAGCUCAGCUGACCUUCACUGAGUGUUGCUGUCUGUAUGGUGAGGCCUGGGGUCUGCAGUGUGCCCUCUGCCCCAGCAGAGAUGAAGAGGCCUAUGAGGCUCUGUGUAAUGAGUUCGGUCCUCCUCCUUACUCUCCUCAUUACUACGAGCGCUUCAGCCCGGGGCUCCUGCCUGGAAGAGGAGGCUACAGUCCACCAUACAGCCCCCCAGAGUACCCCGAACCCCAGCCGGGACGCCCCAUCUACAUGCCACCUCAUUACGAUGACUACAGUCCUGUGAGAGCGAGUGGACGGAGGUCAGGGCUCAGAGGCAGAACGUCCAGCUCAUUCGGGCUCCCAGACGCCCCCUACAGGCAGCAGGCCACAGGUGGAAGUCGUUACUAUGAGGAGGACGAUUAUGAAACCGCGCCUGGCCCUCCUUUCGGGAUCCCAGAUCCUCAGGCACGACCCUUGCCGCCCCGUCCCCGUCCAGACGGGCUUUGGCUCAGCUUGGCCCCGCUUCCGGAAAACUCACCGUACAGCAACGCCGAGGAGGAGGAGUCAUGGAGAGCCCCGCCCCCAUUCCCAAUGUUUCCCGAGAGACGGGAGGGAUCACGACGAGUCUAUGAGCGGAGAUUUGAAUCCUAUGGGAGUCUGAGUUCAGCAGAGUGUGGCGUCGUCGACGGCUGUGAGAACGGCCGCUGUAUCCGUGUGGAGGAAGGCUACACGUGUGACUGUUACGACGGCUAUCAGCUGGACAUCAGUAGCAUGACGUGCACAGAUGUGGACGAGUGUGAUGAUGAAGACACAGUCGACUGUGUGAACGCUCGCUGUGUGAACACGGAGGGCUCGUACAGGUGUGUGUGUCUCAGGGGCUUCAUCAUGUCCCGAACACCCAACCACUGCAUCCCGGCUUGAUCGAGGACUGCGUUUAGAGACUUAGCAUUUUUUUUUCCUUUUUCCGCCGCGUUGCUGUAAAUGGUUUAUUUUAUGACUUUUUUUUUUU